AUGCAUCGUGAUAACAGACUUUCCCUUGCACUCCUCCCAUUGUUUGCAUACAAUGUCCAAGGUUUCUUGAUGAACAAUCCAGCAUCCAUCGCAAAUGGGGUUCGCAUGCCCACAAUCCGUUUCGCCGAAGCAGAGGACUAUUUUGCACCACCAGAAGCUUCUGAAGAUGAUAAAAGCCCCGAACGUAUUGUCACCAACGGAGAUAUCGAAGGUGCUCCAAUCAAGGCCGAAGAAGCUGAGGCUCCAUACGAUGUCGAAACCGACGACGAGCCAUCUCCAGCGGAAAAGUUUAUGCUCUCAAUGUCUUCUGACAAAACGAUUAUGAAGUUGCUGCAAAUGGGAUCCAGUACUGGUCGUGGAGAGUUUGCCACUGUAGCCCAAAAGGAUCAAGCCAUGGAGUGGAUUGAAGCACUUGAAAUGGUCAAUCCUACCCCCGAACCGUCCAAAAAGACUGAGAUGAUGAAUGGUCGAUGGGAACUCUUGUACAGCAGCACUCAACUCUUUCGCAGUUCUCCCUUUUUCAUGGCCGGUCGUGCUGUUUGCUCCACUCCCGAACAAGCUAAGCAAUACGAUUGGUUCUGUGAUAUGCACCGUGCCGCACUGGCCGUUAGUACCAUUGGACAAGUCCGUCAAGUGGUGUCUGAUACUCGUUUGGUGUCAGAAUUUGAAGUCAAAGUGGGAGCAGUUCCAUUCCUGAGCGAUUUUACUCCCUUUAGCUACUCUGGUGGUCUACCAGUUACUGUUGAAGGUGCGAUUGUCAGUUCUGCCGAUAUCACUCCAACAUAUGAUGGUGAGGGUUGGGAACUCUUGAUGGAUACUGUCGAAAUUAAGGGAUCCAACAUUCCAGGACUUCGUCGCCUGUUAGACGAAGGCUUGAAGUUAGAGUCUCGCGAUUUGGGAAGCUUCCUGGAAGAUAACCUUGCCGAGUACGACAAUCCUCGUCCCGUCUUCCGCACUACCUACCUCAGCGAAACAUUGCGCAUCAGUCGUGAUCAAGAUGGGAAGGUCUUUGUGUAUGGCAAGUUGAGUGAUGAGACCGAGCCAUCGGAUUACAGCACUGUGGAAGCCGAUUUGGGGCUCCUCAAACUCUUGGGAGGAUUUAAUGAUGCCGUUACCAAGUUCUACAUAUAA